AUGGGUUUGGUCGCUGGAAAACCAAAACGCUCGGCAAUAUCUGUGCGAUUUUCAAAUUUGGGUCUGAGAGUAAAAGCUCCAGGAGAUUUGUCCGACGAAGAAAAGGACGCAGCACUAAACGCACUUGCCGAACGGAGUCAAUCGCAGGAGACUCAGUGCCUCAAACAAAUCGAAGCAAUUUAUUCGGCGGUGCACAAUUUCAGUCUCGCUUCCAUUAAAGGCUGUCUCAGUGUCAAUGAAGACAUUGAAAAGAAAUCAGAAGAUCUCAAGGAAGUGAUCAGAGCCUACUUCAAAACGGAAUCUGUUUUGGCUGAUAUCAACCCGAAUCCAGAGACUAAAUUGGCGAAUGAAGCAGAGGUGAUAGCUGACAUUAGGGUUCUGCUCUCGAGUUACCGAGACACGAAUUUCACAGCGAGAGCCGUGGCACGUAUCUUCCACGGAAUACAGAGUCCAAAUUAUCCAGCGAUGGCUUGGGGACGUUGCCGAUUCUGGAGAUCGCAUCUGAGCAGCGAUUUCAAUCUCAUCUGUCAACUCGCGACUAAAGAAAUUCUCUCAAUGCGUGUAGGUAGAGAUAAAAUUGAGAUUUAGAUAAUUUUAUAUUAAUUUCUAAUUCACUCUUACAAUGAGAGGUCGCGAGAUAGGCGUCGCUGAUUUUCGAGAUGCGCGUCGCUUAUUUUCGAGAUGUGCGUCGCUGAGCUGCGAGAUAUGAGUCGCUUAUUUUCCAGAUAUGCGUCGCUUAUUUUCUAGAUAUGCGUCGCUUAUUUUCAAGAUAAGCGUCGCUGAGACGCAAGAUGCGCGUCGCUUAUUUUCAGGAUGUGCGUCGCUGAAUCGCAAGAUGUGCGUCGCUUAUUCACGAGAUAUGCGUCGCUGACCUAAUAGAUUUCCAUCUGCUUUCACUCUAUAAAUUCCAAACCAACUAGGCGACGCACAUCGCGCGACCUCUUCUUGUUAGUCAUUUUUCCCAGUUAUCUUAGUAGUUUUUUGAUUUUAUGACGCGAGGAGCUAAUUUUAAUCCGAGUGAUUAGCUUAUGGGUUUACAAAAUUUUAAUCUUAAUGUUGUAGUUUUGUAUACAUUUUACUGCCGGUCCACUUUUUUUUUUAAAGGCAGAUUUACGUGUACGUUAAAAAAUCAUUUUGACCGAACCUAAAAUUAGAGUUGGUUUAACUUCGUAGUACAAAAACGCGUGAUGUCUCAUAAAAUGUUUCUUUUGUAUUGGGAAUUCAGAAGUGAAUUUCCGUGAAAAUUAGUGCUAAUGCGUUUCUAGUCUUUGUCCGUAUUUCAUAGAAUAUUUUCAAACACUGGUUCAUUACAAAUAAUGCGGUUCAAAAAAUUAACGAUAAUAAUUCGAGCAGGGCCUUCUUGUCCUCCAUUUCUAUUAUGAAAAAAGCAAUGUUUUGAGGUAACGUUUAAAGUAAGUAAUAAAAAGAAUAUAAUUAAAAUA